AUGUCAUCACCACUCACUACCGACUCUAAAAUACUCAUUGUAGGAGCCGGGACCUGGGGCUGCAGCACCGCACUUCACCUGGGUCGUCGAGGCUACAAACAUGUGACCGUCCUUGACCCUUAUCCUGUUCCCUCACCCAUCUCGGCUGGCACGGACUUGAACAAAAUCCUGGAAUUGGGCUCUUUUGCUGGAGACGAUGCUGACGAGCGUUAUGUAUCGAACAAGUUGCUAGAAGCAGCUACGGAGGGUUGGCGUAAUGAUCCCGUGUUCAAACCCCAUUUCCACGAAACUGGCUGUAUCUUGGCGGCCACGUCGAACGAAGCUCGUCAGCACAUGAACACGCGGGAUGGGCCCAGCGAGGCAGGUGGGUGGAUUCCGCUCAGGACCAAGGAAGACUUCCAAGCAGCCAUGCCUAAGGGUGUAUUGACGGGCGAGUUCCCCGGUUGGGAGGGAUGGUGGAUGCAAAAAGGAGCUGGGUGGGUUCACGCUCGCAAGAGUAUGGAGAGCGCGGCUCGGGAAGCUGCUCGUCUAGGGGUCAAAUUCAUUACUGGCGAGCAGAUAGGCCGUGUAUCGAAUUUGAUCUAUGAUUCUGGCGACGUCCGGGGCGCCAUCACUGCUGAUGGCACUUACCAUUAUGCAGACAGGACAAUACUCAGUGCAGGCGCCAGCGCGGCGGCUCUGUUCGACAUGAAAGAUCAACUUCGGCCCACAGCCUGGACCUUGGCCCACAUUAAGAUGACCCCAGAGGAAGCCAAGUUGUACAAAAACCUUCCGGUGUUGUUCAAUAUCGAGCGAGGUUUCUUCAUGGAACCCGACGAGGAUAAUCACGAACUGAAGAUGUGUGACGAACACCCUGGGUAUUGCAACUGGAUCUCGGACGCAGCUGCGCCAGAUGCUGGCCAGAUCAGCUCCCCCUUCGCAAAGCACCAGAUUCCGAUCGAAAGCGAAGCGCGCUGCCGGGAAUUCUUGCGCGAGACCAUGCCUCACCUGGCAGACCGACCUUUCUCUUUUGCGCGGAUAUGCUGGUGCGCAGACACGCCCAACCGGGCAUUCCUAAUUUCAAAGCACCCAGAUUACGCCUCCUUAGUGCUGGGUGUGGGUGGCUCUGGACAUGGAUUUUGCCAUAUCCCCGCAAUUGGAGGCUUUAUUGUUGAUGCUAUGGAGGAUAAACUGGACGACAAGCUGAAACAGAGCUUUCGAUGGAGGCCAGAGACAGCCCAGGGCAGGGAUUGGAAAGACUUGCAGGGUCGGUUUGGUCCGCAGGGCGCCAAUCGGGUGAUGGAUUUUCAGGAUAUCAAGCAAUGGACAAACAUUGGCGAGGAUCAAGAGUGA